UUUGGGGUUUUAUGUAAAGCUAUUGUCGUAGCAGCGAUGGUGCUGACGAGGAAGCGCAGCGCCGAGCUCGCGUUCCAGGAGAAACUCUACAAUGCGGACAUCUGGGAGUGCAUUGCGAGCUUCCUCGACGCGGCCGAUCUAGCGCACCUCGCCCUCACGGCGCGGUUCUUCGUGCCGAUAGCCAUGGAUGAGCGACUGUGGAAAGCGCUUUCGCUCAAGCGGCUCAAGAUCGGCAGCGAGGCGGCGAAAUUUCGGCCGCAUUUCAGCUGGAGAGAGCUCUAUCGAUCGGCAUUUGUCACUGGAAGCCAUAGCUACAGCAUCCAUGAACGCGAGAAACAUCGAGAUUGGAUGCGAAUAGGUGCUUUUACGCUCGUUUCCGGCAAGGCGCUCGCUGCUGGCAGGCUCUGGCAACGAAUCUCAAAGUCAAAGAAGAUAAAACUCGAUGAGAGCUCGGCAUUGUGCCUUGUGCCAAACGUGCUCCCUGGCAUCUGGAUCGCAGAUCUUCAUAGGAUGCGCUGCGGCGGUUGUAACUUGCCUGCAUGCACUGGUUUGGGAGAAUUGCAUUUUCAUUAUCUUCUUAGAUGAGCUAAGCCUUGUUUGCAGGGAGAAUGCAGACACUGGACUUUCGUAACUGGGAGUUGUUCCUGCACGAAGAGUUC